UAAAUUUCCAUACAUAGACUCGUAGUAUGUCCGUUUACAAAGUUAUCUAUUUGGCAGUUUACUGCACUAUUAAACUCACCCAAGCCUAUACUUAUGCAUGGCUUGGCCAUAUUAUCAACGUCGAAAGUGAAGCGUGUGUCGAUUCCAUUUAUCACGCGAAUUGGACAGGUCAACGCAACUUACGUUUCAUGAAAGAUGCUUUGAUAGUCUUAUCACAGAAUCCUAUGCACUUUCAAGCUUUGAGCAUCAUAACUGUUCGGCUGGAUAUGUUCUCAAAGAUCAUCAAUAAGUCGGUUUCGCAUUUUUUCCUUCUAAAGAUGUUGAACAAAAAUCUUGAAGCAUCAUGA